AUGGGUGAGGAAGCAAAACAGGAGGAACAACCAAAGGUUGAGGUGAAGCAAGAGGAGAAGAAAGAAGAAAAGUCUGAAGAAAAGCAAGUAGAAGAAAAGAAGGAGGAAAGCAAUAAAGAGGAAAAGCAAGAAGAAGAGAAAAAGGAAGAGCCAAAACCACCAUCACCAUGUGUGCUUUUUGUGGACUUGCAUUGUGUAGGAUGUGCCAAGAAGAUUCAAAGAUCUAUUAUGAAAAUGAGAGGAGUUGAAGGAGUGGUAAUUGACAUGGCUAAAAAUGAAGUUACUAUAAAGGGUAUAGUUGAGCCUCAAGCUAUAUGUAAUACAAUUAUAAAGAAAACAAAGAGAAGAGCAAGUGUUAUAUCUCCAUUGCCUCCAGCAGAAGGAGAACCUAUUCCAGAAGUUGUUAAUUCUCAGGUUAGUGGACCGGAAACAGUGGAACUUAAUGUGAACAUGCAUUGUGAGGCUUGUGCUGAGCAACUCAAGAGAAAGAUACUCCAAAUGAGAGGAGUUCAAACAGCAGUGACAGAGUUUAGCACUGGGAAAAUAAUAGUGACAGGAACAAUGGAUGCAAACAAGCUAGUUGAAUAUGUCUAUAGAAGAACCAAAAAACAAGCAAAAAUUGUUCCUCAACCAGAACCUGAGCCAGAAAAGAAAGAAGAAGAAACCAAAAAAGAAGAAGAAGCUAAACCCGUAGCAUCAGAAGAAGCUAAAGCAGAAGAGAAUAAGAAAGAAGAGAAAGAAAAGAAAGAAGAGGGGGGUGAGAAUAGUAAAAAUGAGAAGAAUAAAGAAGAAAAGGGAGGUGAAGAAAGCAAAGAAGAAGCAAAGAAAGAAGAGAAUAAUGGAGCUAUGGUUAAUAUUGAUGAAGAAGGAAUGAAGAGAAUGAUGUAUUAUUAUCAGUAUCCUCCACUUUAUGUCAUUGAACGUAUUCCCCCACCUCAAUUAUUCAGUGAUGAAAAUCCAAAUGCAUGUUGCAUUUCUUAG